GAUAACAUACAGAUAUAAUGUCAGAACAAAUGUUAGUAAAACAUAUUAAGUGGGAUCUACUGCAGGAAGAUAUUGUAUGCUCUCCAAAUGAACUAAAAUUUUAUUUGACCCAGAUAUUUUUAAGGCUGGAAAAUUGGUAUAAAAAUAAUGUCGUGUCUUCAGAAUUAAAAAAAUUGAAAAUAUGUACAAAAUGGAUAGAGAGUGAUUUAUUAACAAUUGAAGCUUGCUUAGAUCGUACAUGGGAAAUGCUCAAUUCUGGCUAUUGGAAAGACGUUCCCAUUAAUUAUAGAUAUUGUUAUUCAAUAUGCACUAUUAUAAAGGCAAUUUUAUUGGAACUUAUAGCUUACGUAGAAGAAGAUUCUGUAAAACUUCUUAAUACAUAUAAAGAAAUUAUUCAACAAAUCGAUAAAGGAAUACUUCUAGGAGCUCCUUUACCAAAAGCUACAAAUUUAUUACCAGAAAUAGCAGCAAGUUUAAAUAAAUAUUGUUUAGAAUUAACUAAAACCGAUGUAUUUAACAUGAAAAUUGAUGAAAACAUUUAUACAACUAUAUUUCCUGGAUUUACACCAGUUCCUAAUUUUAUAAAACCAUCGAUGGAAAAAUUUUAUUGUGAGAUUUUUAAGCCAAAAGUUCCUGCUCUACUUAAAGAUUGUAUUGAUCAUUGGAAAGCGUUACAUUUAUGGCAAGACAUAGAGUAUCUGCAAAGGAUAGCUGGGAAUCGAACAGUUCCAAUAGAAAUUGGUUCACGUUAUACAGAUGAUGAUUGGACACAAAAUCUUGUAAUAUUUUCUGACUUUUUGAAAACUCAUAUAUCAUCUAAGAAUGAUAAGGUCGGUUAUUUAGCACAACAUCCACUUUUCGAUCAGAUUCCUGAACUGAAGGAUGAUUUUUCUGUACCUGAUUAUUGUUCUUUCUCAGAUAACGAGGACAAUGAAAAUUUGCCAGAAAUAAAUGCUUGGUUUGGACCUAAUGGAACUGUUUCACCGUUACAUUAUGAUCAAAGAAAUAAUUUAUUAUGUCAGGUUUUUGGAUAUAAAAGAAUUAUUUUAUAUAGUCCAGAAGAUAAUGAGAAUGUAUAUGCUUAUGAGACUCGAUUAUUAAAUAAUACAGCUAAAGUUGAUCCAUAUAAACCAGAUUUUGAACAAUAUCCGAAUUUUCGAAAAGCCAAAGGAUUUAUGUGUUAUUUAAAACCUGGUGAUAUGUUAUUUAUUCCACCAAAGUGGUGGCAUCACGUAGUAGGUCUUACACCAAGCUUUUCAAUAAGUUUCUGGUGGGACUAAUAUCGAUACUAUAAAUAAAUGAAAAUAUUUUAUUACAUUAGAAAC